GCAGCGCCCCACAAAAUUUUCAACGACGGCUCGUCGACACACCAAUGACAGACCGCUGCCGGCAAGGCCUCUCCCAAGACUCAAGACAGCACAGCGCCGCAAAGACGGCCGCAACCGAGCAAUAUUGCCAGCGUCAUGGACAGCGGGACAUUUGAAACCGAAGGCGUCCGGGUCGCAGUCGAGGGCUGCGGGCACGGCACUCUGGAUGCCAUCUAUGCCUCCGUCGCCAACUCUGCCAAGGCUCGAGGAUGGGAUGGCGUCGAUCUACUCAUUAUCGGCGGUGACUUCGAGGCUGUGCGCAAUGCUGCUGACCUCUCAGUCAUGUCGGUACCGGCCAAGUAUCGCGAGCUCGGAGACUUCCCGGCCUAUUACAAUGGCACCAAGGUCGCGCCGUUCCUCACCAUCUUCAUAGCUGGCAACCAUGAGGCCAGCAGCUACCUCUGGGAGUUGUAUUAUGGCGGCUGGGUCGCCCCCAACAUCUACUACCUCGGUGCUGCCAACGUCGUGCGGUUCGGUCCCCUGCGUAUCGCAGGGAUGAGUGGGAUUUGGAAAGGCUUUGACUACAGGAAGACUCACCAUGAGAGGCUCCCGUUCAGUCAAGACGACAUCAAGAGCUUCUACCACGUCCGGGAGAUGGACGUGCGUAAGCUCCUCCAGAUCAGGGAGCAGGUUGACGUCGGUCUGAGCCAUGACUGGCCGAGAGCGAUCGAGAACCAUGGUAAUGCGAGAGCAUUGUGGAACAUGAAGCCAGACUUUGAGCGGGAGAGCCACGAUGGCAGCCUGGGAAAUCCGGCUGCGGCCUAUGUCAUGGACCGCCUACGGCCUGCGUACUGGUUCUCCGCUCACAUGCACUGCAAGUUUUCCGCCGUCAAAACCUACGACCCUGCCCCAGUACAAGACAGCACAAAUGCAGAUACAGCCGGGGCCCCUACGUCUGCUGAGCCUGCGCAGGCAUCGGCUGCGAUACCAAGCAAUGUCAACGUCGAGGCUUCCGCAAAUCCGGACGAGAUAGACCUGGACAUGGACGAUGAGGAGGAGGAAGGAGCUCCCACCACAGAGAUCAAGGACAGUGUUGCAAAUGAACAGUCCACGGAACCACCCGUAGUUGUGGCUGCCGACCCGGGCCCUUCUACCGUGCCUGAUGCACUCAGAGCCCAACUACCUGCGUCGUUUUCCAAACCUGCGCCGCAGGCUCCAAAAUUACCACCUGGACAGCCAGUCCCUCCAACGAUAACAAACACUACGACCCGGUUCGUCGCCCUUGACAAGUGUCUGCCCGGGCGCAAAUGCAUCCAGCUCGCAGGCUUGAUGCCAUUAGAUUCCACCGCCCUCGCCACCUACCCUCCCGUCGACCAGCCGGAACCUUCGUAUACAGACACGGACACCGCGACACCAGCUCAAACCCACACCCGCUUCAAGCUCCAGUACGACCCAGAAUGGCUCGCCAUCACCCGCGUCUUCCACCCCUCACUCGUGUUCGGCGACCGCAGCGCGAUGCCACCGCCUGACCUCGGCGAAGCGGCCUACUCUGCACAGAUUGACGCCGAACGCGCGUGGGUCGAUGCCAACAUCGUGGCGCAACAGAAGCUCGACGUCCCGCGCAACUUUCAGAUCACGGCCCCGCCGCAUCAGGACGGGGACCCGGAGACCGUCGACUACCAGCCGCAGGAGUAUACGAACAACCAGACCGCCGCGUUCUGCGAGCUGCUAGGGAUCGAGAACCUCUGGGACGCGAGCGAGGCGGAACGUGCGGAACGGAUGGCCCAAGGUCCGCCACCCAGUGAACACCGAGGAGGCUUCGGUGGAGGAGGCGGACGCGGCGGGCGUGGUCGGGGAGGUUUUGGCGGAGGCGGUGGUCGUGGUGGUUAUGGUGGCGGUGGGCGUGGAAGGGGCCGAGGCCGAGGAGGGCGUGGCCGAGGAAGAUAAGAGGAGCACGGACAGCAUUUUAAGCAUUGUCAUAACCUUGACUAUUAUCGGACGGAGUACGAGGAAAUAUCCAAACACCACGCUGAUGUGAUGACUCGAUCAGGCGCCUGGAGCAUGGUCGAUGCUCCUCACCAUGCACACAUGGUUCACGAGAUAGACAAGAC